GUGAGAGUUGAAUGUGAUAGUGGCAGUGAUUCCUUAGUCUUCAAAUAGGAAGGUUUUGUUUCAGCAAUGAGGCCUAAGGUACUGGUUUGACUAAACCGGUAUGAACUGGCGCCAGCACUUUUCCUGGCUACAUGGAAUAAGAUCAGAAUAUGGCUGCUGGACUGCUAAUGGCUGUAUGUGCUGCCAUCACAGUGUCAGUGAGUGCAGUUGGUAUACAUGUAAAGUGUGAAGCAGAUCAUGAAUGUGACAAGUAUAACUACUGUUACACGUCAGGAUACUGUGUACCAUGUACAGACUGUGCAUUCUAUAAGCGGAAGAACCAGACUUCCUACCCAUACUGUGCUAAGGAACCUCUGCAGUGUGGAGGGUGUCUGCCAGGGUUUGAAGAAGAAAUUUUUACAGGAGGGAAUGUUAGAGAUCUUUGUAUUUCUGCUGACUCACCACUGGACGCAAAUGAUUCACCUACGUCAUUAGUUCAUAUUUAUAUCAUUCUUGGCAUCAUUGCUGGUGUUUUACUUUGUCUCUUGCUUGCUGUUGUUUUCUUUUUUGCCAGAAGGCUCUGGCUGAAAGGAUGUGCCCAGCAUGUUCAGGAAUGUAGUGAUCAGGGAUCUGAGAACCCACCUGUGUACACUGAACCACUACUGGAGCUAAGGGACAUGGCUACAACUAAACCUGCCGAUGAUGGUGCUUCUUUGGAAAUUCGUGAAACAAGCCUGAAGAUCUGUGGGGAGAAGGAGUCUGUUCAACAAGCAGUGCCUUUUACAAAUGCUGACUCACCCUACAAUGAUUGGGAAGAGAUGGGAGAAGCAUCAGGAGACAAUCCUCCAGCAAUUCAGGAUGAAGACACACUUGAAAUUGUGUGGGUCCCUCCACCUGGAUAUGGACAACAGGCAUCAGCAAAUGUCACAGACAACUCAAACAAUGAAGCUGAGGCAAGAGCCAAUGAAGUGCCCGAUUCAAGCGAAACUGCAAAUCCAGCCACUACUCACGAUUCAGGACUCUCAUCAAACUCCUCUUGUGGAAACUCAUCGGGCAGUCUUCCACUACGGCCCUUUGAAGGUAUAGGCUCUUCACCUGCAAGUCUCCCUGUCCAGCAACCAUUGACAACAGCACAUGCUCGAAGUCUUUCUGAUGAAGAUGUCAGUUCUGAUUCUCUUGUGACAAAGCGAGCCAGACGUGAUUCUCAUACUCAGUCUCUCGAUGAAGAUGCAGUACCAAUGAAUGUGGUGGUAAUAAAUGUACAGCAGUCUACAACUACAGUUCAUAAAUAGUUCAGAAUUGUAACUAUAUCAGUUUCUUAAAUCUUUGAAACUAAUUUUUUUAGUAAUCUAGCAUUUACUGUGCUUCACAUUCUCUAUUUUGGGAAGCACAGAUUGUUUUUAUGUAAUUAAAUAUAAUUUGUUUUUAUGUAAUGAAAUAUAAGUAGACUGCUCGUGUUAUUUUGAUUAAUAAUUUUCACCACCAUUCAACAUUUUUAAUCACUGCUGAUUAUUGACCUUAACAGGUUGACUUCUUUUGACUUGAGAAUAUAUGCCACAUUGUGUUUCAAUGUGUGGGUUAUUGAUGUGCCAACAGACUGCUGUGUGCUGUAGCAGAUUUAUAUUACAGGAUUUCCCUUGGGGUGGGGGGACAUCUUCUGUGGUUAUUCUAGCACUAAGAUAACCGUCAUAAACUUUUCCAAUUACAGUCACAUUACUUAUCCAUAAUUUUCUUUUUACUGCAUCUAUAUUUUCUAAUCUCCUUAAAGACAAUCCCGUUAAAGCAGUCUCUCACUAAGAAUCUGUUUCUCAAGGGCUUAAUACAAGAGUGUUUAAUUUUACUGAAGUGAACCCUCUCAAGCUGGACAGGUGUAUGUGCAGAUCUGUAUGGGAAGGAAUGCAAUUAAUGGAUGUUAAAUGAAAACGUUUAUUAAAAAUGUGUAAUGUGUAAAUUUAAUUUUACAAACUGUGAUGAUAGAUUUUGAUGAAAGAGACUUAGAAUUUCUGUUUUCCAUGAUAGCAUGGUGAUCGAUUUGAGGAAAACAGAAAUUAUUUUUAUUAUAAUUAUACUUGCAAACAUUUUAAAACUAGACUAUGUCAGUGAUACAUAAUAUAGUAGCCAUUUGAAAGUGGAACUGGCUUAUACUCUUCCAAGAAAUGGUUUAUAAAGCAUAUUACUUUCUGUUCUCAUUUAUAGUAGAAUGGACUAAUCUUGACAUGUUCAUUCUGCAAGUUUUAUUCAUUCAUAUACAUUUACAUCUUAUUUUUAUGCAUAAUCCUACUUUGUCAGUUUUUGAGCUUCAAAAUUUGGAUAUAAUGUGGAAAAUUUUGGAAUUUCUAAAUGUGCCGUAAGUUGUAUGUUCUCUUUCCCCACCAAGUCCAUACUACUGUUGUGUGAAAUGAGCAGCAGACAAAGCAGAAGUCAUUCUAUGUUACAUACUGACCACAGAGGUUAUUAGUUGAAAUUAUGUGACUAGGAUUUUAAUAUAAUUAUCACUGAUAUGAAGCAAAUGUUAAUUCUGUAUUAUUGUUACUGAUUUCACUUGUUCCAAUUUAACAUAAUAGGUUGUAGAAUGUUAGCUCUUUUUUUUACAGUUUCGCCCAUGUUGGCAUAAAUUGCAUGAUGGUAAGUUGGCACUGUUGAUGUUAUUAUCCACAGUGCACAUUUCUUUAACAUAAAGUGAUUUCUAUAAUAGAGCCAUUUUCAGGAAAAGAAAACAUUAUCAGCAGUUCAUUAGUAUUCCAGAGCACAUUGGUAGUGUUGUUCAUCUCCAUGACAUGCAUCUGAUCAGCAUGAUUAUAAUCAUAAGAAACAAACUCUCUGAAGUGUUUUUAAGUUUAAUGCUUUUAAGAAUUUUGAUAUUUGAAUAAUGUGUUUGUUUAGUGCCUAAGGGGUUUUUGUAUUUGUAAGGAUUACAAAACUUCUUAGAUCCUUAAAAGUUGCCUAGAUGUUUAAACUAUUUCAAAAAUUUUAGACAUUGGUUAAAUUUUGGAGCAUAUAAUAGUGUUACAGCUGAAAUACUUUAUUUACCCAAAUGCAACAUGAGCUUGAUGUGCAGAAGAGGAAAAUUGUGUCAAUUAUUUCAUUCAAUAAAAAGUAAAAUCUUCUCAUGAUUAUUUACAGGUGUGCCCAGUUAAUAGCUCGCUUUAUGCAGUUCAGUAUUGCUUUAAACUUUUACUGAAUUGGCAUUAAAGUCAUCCUUUGUACCAUGUUACUUCAUAUUUACAUUUGAAAGAAAUUACUAGUGUUAUCAUUUUCUUCCUACCACCAUUUAAUUUCUCUAGUUUUGCCGAUUAGAAAACUGUGAUGUCGUCAUUCAGUACUUUAAUGCAGGUAUCUACAAUAAUAUCCUCAAGCUGACCUUUCCCUUCAGUAUCUCCCUGACAAAUUUGACUGCACUUCCCAAUCCUGUAACACUACUGAUACUGUAGAAAUAUUGUUUUCCAGGCAGGAUUGAUCUCUGAAUAUGUAGUGUUGUUAAAAAUACACUUUUGUUCAGAUAGAAAAUAGUCAUCUUGCAUUCGGGUAAAUAUAUCUUCUUGCAGCUGAUUAUUUUAUGAGUACAGAAUAUUUUUUAGUCAGUACUUACUAUUUGAAAUGUUGAUUAUAAUAUGUGUGUUCAGUAGAUUCCUUGAUUAUCUGCAAUAAUUGAGGGGAAAACUACUGUAAAUAAUUAGAAAUAACGUUCAUAUAUAUCUUUAGAAAACAAUUUAUAUAUCAGUAUUAAGUGAGACAUUCGUUUUAAUUGUUAUGCUCAGAUUGUAUUAAGGGAGUGUUCUCUGUAAUUAAGAUAUUGUUACAUGAUUGAGUGACUACAGACAGAAUUUGGAUUGGUAAU